AUGACAAUUAUGUGGAGGUACCAAAUAUAUGCUGAGCUUGUUCUUUUUCUUUCUUUCUGGAGUUUUGCAGAAGGUGGGAAGCUCUUGGUCGUGCCUCAGGAUGGAAGUAACUGGCUGAGCAUGUGUGUGGUUCUGGAAAAACUCUGGGAAAGGGGGCACGAAAUCAUUGUGGAGUUUGUAGAUAGAUACUACCAUUCUGUCAGUGAAAAAAGUUUUGAUAACCCUCCCUUUCUAGAAAAAUUUACAAUUUUACUCAGCAAUAUAUCAGAACUGACUAACAUGUUCUCUUCUACUUGUCGGCAUCUCUUAUAUGAUGAAGAACUAAUGAAGUACUUCCAUGACAGCAAAUCUGAUGCCAUUAUGAUGGAUCCUGUGUUGCCCUGUGGAACAAUUGUUGCUGAAUAUCUAUCUUUCCCUUCAGUGUACUUCAUGCGUGGUCUUCCAUGUACCUUAGACUACAAACCCACGCAGUGUCCCAGUCCUUUUUCUUAUGUGCCAAGGACUUUUACGUCCAGUUCAGAUCACAUGAGAUUUACGGAGCAUGUGAAGAACCUCCUGGUUGGGUUUUCAGAGCAUUUGUUUUGCUAUCAUCUGUUUUAUUUAAAAGACGAGAACUUAGCUUCCAACUUUCUUCACAGAGAAGUAACAGUACUGGAACUGUUUAGCAAAGCAACCAUUUAGCUGAUGAGAGAUGACUUUGUUUUUGAGUAUCUGCGCCCAAUAAUGCCAAAUAUGGUCUAUAUUGGAGGCAUCAAUUGUCAGCAGAAGCAGCCCUUAUCAAAGACUCAGGGCUUUCACUUUGAUAACUGGUCUGAUUUGAUAACAAAUCUGAAGAUAAACCUCAUCAACUCACUGUAUAUCAAAUCUCUGUCAAUCAUUGCUUCUUGUUUAGACUCUGAGAGCACAAGUGCCCAGUUGUUUAAAGCCUUCACCAUGUGCACAGAUAAUAAACCCAACCUUUACCCACAGUUAAAAAUUACCCUCAUUUCUGCCCAAAAACAUACAGUCCGUUAA